AUGACUACAAAGUCAAAAUCGCUCAUCGUCACUGUCAAGCUAUCACCACAGCGGCUUUUGACCUUCCCCCACGAGCCAGUAGCAGCCCCCUCGCAAGAAUCGAAGCCCAACUCAUCGCCCUCCGAAACUCCAGCGCCCCAGAUCAUCGAGCCUACACCAGCCGACACGCCAGCCGACUCCACCGCCGCGAUGAACGGAGUCAGCACACCAGCAUCACUGGCACCACCAGCUGCAGGACCUAAACGCAAAGGCCCUAAGCCUGGUUCGAGGCAGUCGGGUGUGAAACGGACUGCCAGCAUGAUGGAGGGUACAAAUGAGCCAUCGCCAAAGCAGAGAGGCAAGCCGGGUCCCAAGAGGAAGAAGAAUCUCGGCGACAUGAUCAACGACCCCAACAACAAAGGCCCUUUCCCAAACUCUGCGCCUGUUCAGAAGCUUGGCCCAAAAGCCAAUAUGGGAGCUAUCAAUCAAAACCUUCGCGCUCUCGACCGUACUGGAAAAUUCAAGUGUCGCAAGUGGGAGAAGAAGGGCUUCAAGGUCAGGUCCUUCACGGGAGUUCAAUGGGAUGUCCCAUCAUGGAAAGCGCAUUCGCGUGCUGCCGCCUUCCCCGAGGAUGUCAAGAGCGACUCUACCGGCUCGAGCGACUCGAAGCUCAAGGACGAGAGCAGCGCUGUUAGCGAGAAGAGUGGGCUCAAUGGAGACGGCAGCACACCAGUACCAACUCCACUGAACGGCGUCGCAAGUUCGCCAACUCCCAUUCCUGCUGUUUGA